AUGGCUAUUCACAAAUCAUCAUCCGACAUUCAUCAUCAGGGAGAACCUCCGUCCCUAUAUCAAAACGCCGAUCAGAAAAGUCUCUCGGUUUCCGCUGCUAAGAACUUGGCUUUUUACGGAACUGAUUUCCAUCAAGAUGUAAUAGUCGGUGCCCUUGGAACGUACAUUUACACCGCCUCUGGCCGAAGGAUCCUGGACUGGACAUCAGGCCAAAUGUCUUGUCUGUUGGGCCAUGGUAAUCCCGAGAUCGUUGAGGUCAUCACCAAGCACGCCAUGUACUUGGAUCACCUCUUUUCUGGAAUGAUCUCGCCACCCGUCAUUUCUCUUGCACAGCGACUCUGCAGCGCUCUUCCUCCUGGUCUUGAUAAAGCCCUCUUCUUGUCUACCGGAGGCGAGAGCAAUGAAGCCGCUAUCAAAAUGGCAAAGAUGUAUACUGGAAAGUUCGAGGUCGUGGCUCUUGGAGCAUCGUGGCAUGGUAUGACAGCUCAGGCUGUUGGGGCACAAUACCACUGGGGUCGUAAAGGUCAUGGACCAUUGAUGCCAGGCAUGCAUAUGCUACCCCGUCCCAACAGCUACCGUUCCAUUUUCAGGAUGCCGGACGGAUCGUACGACUGGAAAACUGAGCUUGAUUACGGCUUUGACAUGAUUGACUCACAAUCAUGCGGCUCUUUGGCUGCCUGCAUUGUCGAGUGUGUUCAAAGCUCAGGCGGCAUGCAUGUCUUACCUCCAGGCUAUCUGAAAGCACUGAAAGAACAUUGUGUCAAGAGGGGCAUGCUUCUUAUCGUUGACGAAGCACAAACUGGUAUCGGUCGAUGCGGUAGCUUUGUCGCUUUUGAACAGCAUGGGAUCGUUCCGGAUAUCCUCACUCUCUCUAAAACACUUGGAAACGGUCUGCCACUUAGUGCAGUUGUGACCAGCAAUGAUAUCAACCAAGUGUGCAAAGAAAAAGGGUUCUUUUUCAUUACGACACAUGUCAAUGAUCCAAUCCCAGCGGCCGUCGGUGAUAAAGUACUUGAGAUUAUAUUGCGCGAUAACGUCAUUGAAGGAGCUCGCAAGUCUGGAGAACGACUUUUCAACGGGUUAUAUAAAUUGAAGGAGCGGUAUGGUUGUAUCGGAGACGUGCGUGGGAGAUGUCUUUUGGCGGGUGUGGAGAUUGUUACAGAUAGGGAGAGUAAAACGCCAGCGUUGGAUCUUGCUGCGAAGAUUGGGGAUAAAGCGUAUGAGCUGGGUGUCUGGGCGAACUUGUCUACUCACCAGAGUUUCGGGGGAGUUUUCCGUAUUGCGCCACCUAUUUCUGUCACGGAGGAGCAGAUCGACGAAGGCUUAGAUAUGCUGGAGAAGGCCUUUGCUUCGGUGGAGGGAACUCUUCCGCUAUACCACUGA